AUGUCGCACAAAGCAGUACGAGUGACAAAGGCUCACGGCGCCGUAGUCGAAGCACAAGCAAAGCCAUUCUCCGCUUCGGACUUGGCUGCCGACGAAGUGCUCAUCAAGAAUGUCGCCGUUGCAUCGAACCCUAAGGACUGGAAGAUGGCCAAGUGGGGAAUCUUUGAAGGCAUCGAGGGCAACGAUGUCGCCGGCUACGUCGAGGCUGUAGGAACAGACGUCAAAGACUUCAGCAAGGGUGACAGGGUCAUCGCGUUCACCUACAUGGGGAAAGCAGACAAGUACGGCGCCUAUCAGAGUUACACCGUCGCACCGGCGUGGACCACCGCUCAACUGGCUGACAAUGUUUCGUUCGAGGACGGCUCUACACUUCCUUUGGCUAUCACCACCGCGUUCGUGGGUCUCUAUGACAAGCUCGGAUUACCCGAACCUUCGGCUGAUGGUCGAGCUGCUGCUGGCGCCGACAAGGUCAACCUGCUUGUCUGGGGAGCUAGCUCUUCGGUCGGAGCCUAUGUAGUGCAGCUAGCCAAGAUCUCCGGAUUCAAAAUCGUCGCCGUGGCAGGUGCUGCAAAGGACUCGGUCCAGUCUCUCGGCCUUGCGGCUGAUCAGGUCGUUGACUACCGCGAUGAUCGAGCGCAGGUAAUCCAGAACCUCAACAAGGCUGCUGGUGGUACCCCUUUCACCCACGUCUACGACGCGAUCUCGACCCAAGAUACUGUCGACACCAUCGUCGAGCUGCUGUCCGCUUCCCCCAACAAAGGUGGUAAGGUGACUACGCUCUUGCCAAGCAAGUACGACGACGCACAAGAGGCCGAGAAGCUUCAGAAGGAAAAAGCCACCAUCUACGACCGAACAAUGUGUGGCAGCGUUCACAGUGACAAGAAGGACUUCGGGGAAAGGUGGUUCAAGACGGUCGCGAAGUGGGUGGGCGAGGGCAAGAUCCAGCCGAACAAGGUGCAGCUUGUGGAAGGAGGAUUGGACGGAGUCCCUGCCGGACUGAAGUUGCUCGAGGAGAACAAGGUCAGCAAUCGCAAGAUCGUUGGUAAGUGUCCUGCGUGUGGCUUAUUAGAUCAAGCUGUGAGAGGAGAACGAUUUACUGAUCCCGAGCCGAUCUUUCUGUAUGCUUGCAUCUCGACAGCUCGAAUUGCCGACACCAAAGCCUAA